AUAAUAACAACCAACCACGUUCAAUCUCUCUCACAGGUUAUGAAGCCCUUGCACUUCUACAAAGUGUUAUAACCAUGCAAUAAUCAUACAAUAAGCUUUUCAAAUAGCUGCUUUUUUCAUUCAAAUACCCCAUAUCAAAUGCCUGUCAAUACAAGAUCAAUCAACCGCGAAGAGACUCCAGAGAAUCAAACUACUGCACCUGAAUCCUUUCCAACCCCAAUAACCGCGAGAAAACCACCACACAAUAACAAUAAUCAAGAUAAUGACAAUAUGACUGAUGAAGCUGCUGCCUUGAGGCGAUGUAUUGCCCAGAUGGAUGAAGAACUAUGCCAGAUGAGAGCUUCUAGCAAUUCUACUGCUACAGCUACUGUCAAUGAUGGCAAUGAUCUAAGCCCUGAUCUUACUGCUUACCUUCAGAAUCAAGGGAAUAUCCCUGCACUGAGCAGAGUCCUCCAAGAAUUCCGUGAACGCGUCAAAUACCUUCAAAAACCAGGUCUUCUCAAAUCAACAUCUGAUUACCCCAUUUGGAAGGAAGAGAUCCUGCUUGUUGUCAAGCAAUCUCAUACAGAAGAUAUUCUCACUAGCAAGCCCUUGGAGAAUGUGAAAAUCCGCAGAGCCCGCCUGUUCAAGGAAUUCAAUGAUAUCAGUGCAACUGCCACCUAUGAUGGCUUCAACCACUUGUUCAUAGAAUGCCUGCUUGCAAUCCGCGUUGAGUAUAUCCGCCUUGAAUAUGCUAAUAUCCCCAACUUCAUAUUCUUUGACAAGCUCCUCAACGGCCUCACCAAGAAGUGGUCAACCUUUAUCAGAGAUCGCAUGGACUAUGCAGCAAAGGAUGAUAAUGUCACAUCACUAGAAGAUGAUUUCCUUGAUCUCUGCAGGGAUAUACUACUCCGCCUGCCGUUGGAUGACAAAAAUGCCAGAAAUGACACAAAGAAUAACAAAGAUGCCAUCAAGGAUGUGAAGGAUAAUAAGAACACCAAGAAGAAAUGCACUGCCUGCAAGAUGGAAGGCCAUGAUGAACCAAGCUGCUGGUUUGAACACUCAGAGAAAUGA